AUGCGACAGCGCCGCAAGUCCCAGAGCAUCAUACGAGGCCGCGACCUGCUCCUCAUAGGACUCAUCGCGACCUGCGUGCUGCAUUUGUACGUCGUGACACAGACGCACCACCAAGCAGCCGAACCGGAAGACAUCGUCGAGAUCGAGCUCUACCGAGGAGAAACCCCUCCUGCCGGCUACGUGGGCUACUACUGCCAGUCCGACGGCGUCAAGUGCCACACGGAAACGCACAAGUGCUGGGACUCGGCGAUCUGCGCCGAGGUGCCAGCAGAGCGACGACCACCACCACCACAAAAAAAGAAGAAAGUCAUCGCCUACGCCAUCUCCGUGACCGGCGACUCGCCGGGCUGGAACGGCAUCGACGGCGCCGCGGUGUUGGGUCAUUCUGCCGUACGAGCACAUAGAAACUCGUCGUACGACGCCGCGCUCGUGGCCUUCGUGUCGCCUUCAGUCUCAGAAGCAGGACGACAUAAGCUGGAGAAGGUCGGGUUUCGAGUCCUGGAGAAGAAGCUGCCGGUCGAAGUAGAAGAGAUACAAGGUAAGUUACUGAGGGAGAAGAUUUCCAGUAAUGGGUGCUGCGGCGCGUGGGAACUGCUGAAGUUGUACGCGUGGACCCUGACGGAGUAUCAUAGGGUAGUCCACUUAGAUGUAGAUAGCUUGGUGCUCCAGAACUUUGAUGAGCUCUUCGACGAUGACCCCACGGUGGGGGGCGCCGUCCUAUCACCUACAGCUAUCAGUACAGCCAAAAAAAACUUCGAGAAGCGCGACACGUCCUUACCAGUAUUGGAAGGUAUCUACGCCCAGUACACCAUGGACUGGAACAUGGCCCAAAGACCGUGGGGUAGUAAUCCCCCGGUCCAGGGCGGUUUUGUGAUUGCGAGGCCCUCUCUAGUUGUAUAUGAGGAGAUGGUUGCUAUCGUGCGGAAAGGAGACUUCCAAGGUGGCUGGGGCGGGACGCGGGCCGGCGCCUUCUACGGCGGCAUGACUAUACAAGGCUUGCUACCUUACUACUUCAUGCACUACCGACCCGGGACUGGUCGGGAAGUUCGGGGCUGCGUCUACAACAACAUGGCCUCGAACCCAAGAAAUGUCGGAGGCUUCGGCAAGGGCGACUGCCGGGACGGGACCGUGCCUCCCGCGUCAGGGGCGUACACCGGCGAUAUUAACAAAGGAGACUGCGAGGACUGCCGGUUGUCGCGCGUCGAGGACGUGAAGGUCGUGCAUUUUACGAUCUGCCAGAAGCCCUGGGAGUGCCACGGCACUUCGACGUCGUGCUACUACUGCAAGAUCUGCAACCAGUUUCAUAGGAAAUGGUUCGAGAUCAGGGAGGAGCUGGAGCGGGAGCGCGGCGCCUACCAAUCGGAAUUGUACGCCCACGGCAAGACGCCGGCUCGUCGAAACAUGUGCCGGUCCUACAAUAGGGCGGGCUACAUCCCGAUCGAUGUGAGUAAACUGUGAUUAAUACUUAUAGCUUCAGUCGCGGCCCACACCAUGUUAGGAGUGUGGGCCGGUCACGUAGAACUAAAAAUGGGACGCGAUGGCGGCGGCGAGCGUCGCCCUACGACCAGGUGUGUCCACGAAGCCGUAGGGCGACAAUACUGUCUCCUCGGUACCACAUACAAGAGUCACGCGGAACGCGCCAGUCAUACCACUUUCGACAAACCCUUCAACCACCAAACCCUCGAAGAGCGACGCCAGGAAAGCUUUGAGAGCUUCGAACUGGGCGCCGAAGAGCGGGUCUCAGCCGCCGCAGUAGGCUACCCUUAUCACACAACCAUCAGGCGCCUUACCGCCGUGGAACGGCGCGUCGUCCGCAUCCAGCCUCAAUAGAACCCUUGCUAAAUCGCGCACCGACCCCAACAGCGCCACCUUCAAUAAAGCUACUUUUGCCCCCGGCAUUUGAGAAUCGCGGCCCGCUAAUGCCAACUUCCCCAGCAAUCGCGCCGCGGUGAGCGACGAGGCCCCGAGGUCCUCGAGGCGCGCCUCCACCGGUAUGUUUUCGCAGUUGAGGAGCUCGGCGGCCAUCCUCGCGAGCUCAUUCUCGAGCGCGCGGCGCGUCUCCACGACCGGAUCAUUCGAUGAAUGCACUGAUGGCUCUGGUCGGGAGAGGUCUUGGAGUUUCCGCAGCUCCCUCCCAUCGUCCACCACAACAUCAGUGAGGCCGAGCUCCGCCUCCGCUUGUCUCCGGUGCGCGUCAAAGAGCGGGUGCGUGAGGUAGCGCUCCCCUGCUGAAGGUAAGAUAACGACGACGCGCUUGCCUUCGCCCAGCUCCGACGCGACGUCCCGCGCCACUCUGAGCGCCGCGCCCGACGACGGCCCCGCCAAUACCCCAUCUCGCAUGGAUACGGCGCGCGCCUCGUCCAACGCAUCAGCCAGGGAGCAGCUCCGGAAUUCAUCAACUUGGACCCGUUGGCCUUCGUCUGUUUCAUCUUUAUUGCACACGAACGCGAGAGGUACACCUGCUCCAAUACCCGUGACUCCAUGCCCGUUGUGGUGCACUCCACCAGAUAAAGUUCGGGAGAGCUCGGGCUCCACUACCACAAUUUUCGGAGGUUGUACACCACUCUGCGAUGCGAGGGACCGUAGAGCUCUUGUAAUACCAGAGGCCGUGCCGCCCGUGCCCGCGCCCAAUACAACAGCGUCCAGCCUCCCACCACACUGGCGCCAGAGCUCCGGUCCCGUCCCAUUUAAAUGUGCUUCCGCAUUACAGGGGUUCGAGAACUGAGCCGUGUAGUAGGCCCGGUCUCCCAAAGCUUCAGCGGCCUUUUUGGCCAGCCGCAGCAUCCCCUCGGCGCCUUCGUUCGGCUCACUUAGUAGUACAACACCACCGUACGCUUUGAUGAGCGCGUACCUUUCGACAUUCGUGCACACGCGCGGCAUACUUACAACACACCCAUAACCUUUGGAGGCGGCGACCAUGGCUAAUGCUAUACCAGUAUUGCCGGAGGUGGCAUCCACUAGCACGGAGCCCUUCCUCAACAACUGGCGCCGUUCCGCGUCCUCCACGAUAGCUAACGCUGCUCUAUCCUUGACCGAGCCGCCGGGGUUGAGGAAUUCGAGUUUUGCGAGGAGUUCGGCGCUGUUUGACUGGAGGCGCAGCAGCGGCGUCCUUCCUAUUAAAUCUGUGAUGCUGGAGGCGAUGUCCUCCAUUUUAUGAACUACGGCAUGGCUCGGCUAUGGGCAGCCCAUAUGGCUGUCGAGCGCUCGAGCGCUCUGCACUUCAGGCAAGCGCUCUGCGGCCUCUCACGCGGCGAUUUCGGGUUUUGCAGGUCCGCGCGCAGGCGUCAGGGGGCAGCCCCGCGACGGCUCCGCCCCCAUGGAAUAGUCCUCGGACCCGGCACGUGGGGGUCGGCGACAGCGCCGGCAAGUGCAAAGCAGUUUCACCUUCGCUGCGAAGUGGCUUAUUAGCGGCGAGCGAGGCAGCGCAACUUGCAGCGAAGAUGCAGGAGCCGACGGCGGCCGCCAUCGGCGAGGUCCAGGCGGCCUUCGGCGCCGACCCGGUAGCAGCGAUGUGCCUGUACAAGGCCAGGAGCACCCUCCAAGAUGGCCUCUGCACCAAACUGAGCUUCCCGAACACGCCGGAGCACGGCGAGACCGUCGUGGACGAGCCGCCGACGAUGCCGGGCGGCAAAGACGCGGGGCCGAACCCCAUGGAUGUUUGUCUUGGUGCUCUGGCGACGUGCCAGGAGAUCUCGUACAAGGCCUUUGCUACCGUGAUGGGGAUUGAGGUCAAAUCCGUGGCUUGUUCUGUGGAGGGCGAGCUCGACUUGCGUGGCUUUCUCGGUGUGGACGAGAGUGUAGCGAAAGGGUUCACGAAGAUCACCGGUACGGUGACCGUGGACGCUCCUGAUGCCUCCCAAGAGCAGCUGGACCAGCUCAAGGGCGCCGUGGACGCCCACUGCCCCAUGUGCGAUUUCCUAUCCGGCACAUGCACGCUGACGUUAGACGUUAAAACGCAAGCUCCCACGGAUGCCACGCGCGACGACGGUUCACUAAGCGCGCAAGCCAUCGGGGAGCUCGGCGCUGCGUUGGGCGCGGACCCGUCGGCCGCCCUGUGCACGUACAAAGCGUCCUCGAAACUCGAGAAGGGCCUCGCGUCCUCACUCACUUACCCGAACACGCCGCACCACGGCCCCUACGCGACGGACGAGCCCCAAUCGAUGCCCGGCGGCCAGAACACGGGCCCGAACCCCAUGGAUUUGGUGCUGGGCGCGCUGACGACGUGCCAGGACAUCACGUACAAGGCCUACGCGACGGCGCUAGGCAUUGAUGUGCAAAGGGUCGAGACGGCUUGUGAAGGAGACCUGGACCUGCGCGGCUUCCUGGGUGUCGACGAGGCCGUGCGGAAGGGCUUCCAAGUCAUAAGAGGCACGGUGACGCUCACGACGAACGCUGAUGAAGCGACGAUCACAAAACUCAAGGGCGCGGUCGACGCCCAUUGCCCGAUGUGCGCGACGAUUUCCGACAAGAUUCCCGUCUCCUUGACGGUCGUGAAGGCGUGA